AUGUUAGGCCAGUAUGAGAAUGGACCGAAAGUGGACAAAGCCACUAGUUGGAAUGGUCCGUUCAUUUUUGUAAGCGUCAAGCAUAGAAGCUUUCGAAGAGUCGAAGCUGGAAGGCUAGGGUUCAACGCCUCUGCGCCUCCAUCGCUCCAUCCUCAGUCUCACCAGCGGACGGUGGUAUUUCGUUUGAAGCUUUGGACGAACUCCAGCCGUAUUUCCCUUUCUCCGGCGAUCUUCCUUUUACCCUCUCACUUUCUCCAACAACAGAGCUUCUUCUUCUCUCAACGCCUCCUCACCUUCUCUAGUGACAACAGUACAACACUCUCUCUUCUCUCAAUGCCCUCUCACUUUCUCCAGCGGCAACAACACUCCCUCUUCACUCAGGUUUGUGGAAAACCGGUGCAUCACCCACUGGCUGACAAAUGGAUCCAUAACAUCGGAACAUGCCAUAAGAAUUCCUUUAUAUGGAAAAUACUACAUCAAUUUCUUUCGGGUGGUUUGGAGAAUGGUUUAUGUGGUUUCAGAAUUUUUAUUCUCUGGUUGCAGCUGUUCAUCCAUCCUCUUGAUGGUACUUGAUCAAAUGGCUAAGCUGGUGAAGUCCACCAAGUGUUGCACCAGGAAUAUGGUCUUGCUAAUAUGAACAAUUUCUUUAGGAAAUGAUAUUUUCUUGGUGUUUGAUUGCAGAUGGAGAUGGAAACCAUUUUGUUUAUUUUCUGAGGAAUUAGGGAAAUAAUUAAUUCCUUAUUGAGUAUUAUUUUCGGAGGAAAACAUUUUGUUUCCCUUCAUCAUUUUAGUUAUAACCAAAACUAGAAUAGUGUAACUCAUUGUUUGCUGAUUCAGAAAGGAGAAUUUUCUUAGUGAAGUAAUUCACAAUCA